CUGGGGGCGGGUCUGGGCGGCGCCCGCUACUCUCUGUCUCCUGCUCCGGGCGCCGUUUGCAGCUGCUCUCGCCGCGGGUGGUUUGCGGGGACUUCCAGAUUCAGUGAAACAAUCAUAUCAUGGCAUCAGUUUGGGUUGGAACCAGAGGAACCAUUCGAGAUUACACAGGAUUUAAUGCUUCCAAGGAUGCUGAAACUGUUCGGAAGGCAAUCAGAGGAAUUGGGACGGAUGAGAAAACACUCAUCGACAUCCUCACUGAGAGAUCAAAUGCUCAGCGGCAGCUGAUUGCUAAGGAGUACAGGGCAGCUUCAGGAAAGGACCUGAAAGAUGACUUGAAGAGUGAUCUCUCGGGCAAUCUGGAGCAUGUUAUGGUUGCACUUGUAACACCACCAGCUGUAUUUGAUGCUAAACAGCUUAAGAAAUCCAUGAAAGGUAGUGGAACUAAUGAAAAGGCACUGAUAGAAAUCCUAGCCUCUAGGACCAGUAAGCAAAUGAAAGAGGUAUCCCAGGCAUACUAUACAGUAUAUAAGAAGAGUCUUGGAGAUGACCUCAGUUCUGACACCUCUGGUGACUUCAGAAAAGCCCUAUUAACUCUGGCAGAUGGUAGAAGAGAUGAAAAUGUAAAAGUGGAUGAACAUCUUGCAAAGAAGGAUGCACAGGUUCUCUAUAACGCUGGGGAGAAGAAGUGGGGUACAGACGAAGAUAAGUUCACUGAAAUUCUGUGCCUCAGGAGCAUAGCUCAACUAAAAUUAACAUUUGAUGAAUACAGGAACAUCAGCAAGAAGACCCUUGAAGAAAGUAUACAGGGCGAAAUGUCAGGGCAUUUUGAGGAUUUACUCUUAGCCAUUGUUCAGUGUGUGAAUAACACUCCUGCAUUCUUUGCUGAAAGGCUGCACCAAUCUUUGAAGGGUGCUGGAACUGAUGAGUUCACUCUUAAUAGAAUCAUGGUUUCCAGAUCAGAAAUUGACCUGCUGGAUAUUCGAGCUGAAUAUAAGAAGCAUGGCUGCUCCUUGUACUCUGCUAUAAAAUCUGAUACCUCUGGGGACUACGAGACCACACUGCUGAGGAUCUGUGGAGGGGAUGACUGAAAGUAAAUUCAUAAGGGCACAGUGCUAUUGCUUUUCUGCUACCUACAGUAAUGCUUCUUGUGAAGCUUUUUAAACACUUUUAAGCAAUUGUAAAACUGCAACAUGCUGACUGCUUUCUCAUCAACUAUCCUAAUAAACAGAUGUAUGUUUUAGUUCAUCUCUUCAGGCUGUUAUCUAACCAUCUGCUAGCAUCUGGAUAAACUGCUUAGACUAUCAGAAGCCAGAUCGUCCAGCUAUAUACCAUGCUCCCCUGUUAGCUAAAAGUCUGUCUGGAAACAGUUGCCAUCUUUCUACAGCUGUACAGCAUCAGAAAAAGUGAUAUUACCAUGGGGUGGUGGCAGAAUACAACCCAAUGGAAGGUCAAGGUUCUAGUUACAAAGGCUGUUUUGGUAGUUUGCAUUGGUGGACUGAUAAUGUAAACACUGGAUUCUUCUCUAAUAGUUAUUCCAAAGAACCAUUUACUUCAUAUAUUUUAGGGCUGUCAAUUGCAUUUAACGCAUGCAAUUAACUCUAAUUGCUGUUUUAAUCACACUUCUAACAAUAAUAGAACAUCAAUUGAAAUUUAUUAAAUAGUUUUUUGGA